AUGAAGCUACAUCUGGCCAGCCUCCCUCGACUCGCUUCGGUCUCCCCAGGGGAGAAGCUGAGUCUCUACCUUGCCGUCUCUUGGCACGCGGUCAGCUCAGUUCUAGUCAAAGAAAUUUCCGGCGAUCAACUACCGGUCUACUACGUCAGCCACAUGCUGAGCGGACCAGAAGAACGCUACCCGCCGAUCGAAAAGCUGGCGCUGGCGCUCGUCCUGUCGGCGCGGAAACUCCGCCCCUACUUCCAGGCCCACCCGAUAGAGGUAAUAACCGAUCAGCCGCUUCGGCUUGUCCUGUCCAAAUUCGAUGUUGCAGGGCGUCUCCUCAAAUGGGCAGUGGAGCUCGGCGAGCACGACAUACAAUACAUACCUCGGACCGCCAUCAAAGCCCAAUCCGUGGCAGACUUCAUUGCGGAGCUGACCCCGAAUACCGACGAAGAACUCGAGCCGCUGCGCGACGCCUGGACCCUCCACGUAGACGGCUCGGCCAACGCGAAAGGCGCCGGCGCGGGUCUGGUGCUGACAACGCCUGACGGCCGCUCGAUCGAGCGCUCCUUCCGCUUCGGAUUCAGAGCCACCAACAACGAGGCGGAAUACGAGGCUCUCCUGGCGGGGCUCCGGUUGGCACUGGAAAUGCAGGUGACCGACAUACGCGUCAUCACCGACUCGCAGCUGGUGGCUAGGCAGCUCGAUGGCGAAUACGAGGCCCGGGACCCGACUAUGGCGAAAUACCUAGCACAGGUAAGAAGCCUGGCCGCCAAGUUCGCCCAUUUUGAACUGUCGAAUGUUCCCAGGAGCGAGAACCAGCGAGCCGACACCCUGGCUAAACUGGCGUCCGGCCCGUUCCCCUGGGCUCGACCCGAGACCGAAGAACUCCCCCGCCGAGCCAUAGAGGUCGUCGCCACCGUCGCUCACGGCGCGCCGGCCACUUGGGUACAGGAGAUGUUACGCUUCAAGCAGGACGGGACCCUGCCUGACGAUACAACCACAGCUCGGCGCUUGCGUCGAACGCAGGCGUGGUACACCGAGGAAGGAGGACGGCUGUACAAACGGUCUUUCUCGCGCCCCCUGUUGCGCUGCCUCGAGCCUGUUAGGAUCGAGAGCACUAAGAGGGGGGGGGGUGAAUUAGUGCAGCGGAAAUCUUACAGCGAUUAA